CACGACGUUGUCAACCUGUCCUUUGCUUACCAACCAAAUCCAGUCGCGAUGAGCAAUACGAACGUCUUCACGGCGCUGUCCAAGAAGGCCGCAAAGAAGGCGACGUUGUUGCCUGCGCAUGCCGCCCCCGUCCUUCCCAAGCAAAUGUUCUCCGGCCAGGCAACUGCCUCGUGGGGUGAUGACGAAGAAGUCGGGGCCGUGACGUCUCUGUCGAUGCCCCUCACACCAGCGGAAGCCUUGUCUGCCCAACAAGGUGAAGCUGUCGCCGACGACGACGAAAGCGAGAGCGAAAGCGAAGACGAAGAGGAGGAGGAAGUGACCACAAAGCCCGCUGCUGUUGUCGUUGCCAAGCCGGUUGCCGUCGCCGCGCCCAUCUUGUCCAAGAAGGAACAGAAGCAAAAGGAGUUGGACGACUUGGACUCUGCGCUGGCCGAACUGGGUCUCACCACGGAAACCCCUGCACAGACCGCCGACGCGAGCACAGACAAGAAGGCCAAGAAGAAGAAGAAGGCUAAAGCCGCUGCUGGCACCCACGUCGCGCCUGUCGCUCCUCAAGUCGAAGCCGCGGUGGAAGCCCCUGCCGCCCCUGCCGUCGUGGUCGACAUCAAGGCCGUGCUGGCCAAGAAGGCCAAGGGCAAGAAGAAGGAAGAGUCGUUGGGCGUGAAGAAGGCCCGCGAAGAAGAAGCCAAGAAGAAGGCGGCGGCGAAAACCAAGCGCGACCGCUCCACGUUCAACGAGUUUUCGUAGUCGACUAGUGCGGAACACCACCACAGAUAUGACGACUACUAAACCCACCAAUACCCCCCACUUGCAACUCGUGC